CAUAUAAAUUGACCUCAUCCCUUCAAACCGCGAUUAGGGUUUUUGAUCUUUUGUUCAUCGCGGUAGUCGUCUCUGCUACUGAUCUCGAGCCUCCUCCGAAAAUGGUCAAGGGACGCCAAGGCGAGCGUGUCAGACUGUACGUCAGGGGAACCAUCCUCGGCUACAAGAGGUCAAAGUCGAACCAGUACCCGAACACCUCUCUGAUUCAGAUCGAAGGAGUGAACACAAAGGAGGAAGUGACAUGGUACCAAGGGAAGCGCAUGGCCUACAUCUAUAAGGCCAAGGUGAAGAGGGAUGGAACCCAUUAUCGUUGCAUUUGGGGAAAGGUCAUCAGGCCUCACGGCAACAGUGGUGUCGUUCGAGCUAAGUUCAAGUCGAACCUCCCUCCCAAAUCCAUGGGAGCUAGGGUCAGGGUCUUCAUGUACCCCAGCAAUAUAUGAGCUCGUCAAGAAGGUGCAGUCUGUCAGCGAUGAUUUCAGAAGGUUAUGACUGCCAGAUUGAGAUCAUUGUUGAUUCUCCGGCGUCGGUUUUUAUUUUUUUAUAAUUAGAGAUUAAGUAUCUUGUGUUUUGUGGAGGUUGAAUAGCCUUGCUGACUUUGGUUCAGGAACUUGUUUGUCUGGUACGAGGAUAGAAUUUUUGAGAAAAUGUUGCUGAUUUUAUUUACUGCUUCAAUUUAUGCACCAUUUUUGUUCUUCUAAA